UAAUGGCACGCAAAGAACUUGCAUCCUCAUCUUUUCCCUCAAAUUUCAACCCACCAAGCUCCAACAAUGACUCCUCAGAAAACAACCAUAGUAUGUUUCCUACACACCCAGAUAAUCCUUUUUCCAAGAGGGGAGGCAACAACAAGUUCAUGGUUUCUAUACCACCUACCAUUACCAAUAACAAUGAUACAUUGGUGAUGCCACAACCAUCAUCUGCAGCACCAUCAUCUCAUAGAUAUAUGGAUCUCCCUCAAGAUCCAUCGGAGGACGUUACCAAAUCCUCCUCUAGAAAGCGAACAGGUAGACCUUUGGGCUCUAAGAACAAGCCUAAAGCACGCAUCAUUGUCGAGGAAGACACACAAACCCUCACAGAACUAGUAGGACUUGAGAUCCCAAUAGGAGAAGAUAUUGCGGAGAACAUAAUCAAAUAUGCUCAACGACGUCAAGCUAACAUAACAGUGUCGAGGGGUUUCGGUCUUAUCUCUAAUGUUGUCCUUCUUGAUCCAAUAUCUCGUGUCCCAUUAUUACCCAUCGAAGGACCCAUACAUAUGACAACUUUAUUUGGAACAUAUAUAAAUCCAAAUUGUCAAUGUACUCCUACACAAUUCGUAACUCAUCUACCAUGUUCCUCUUUUACCGUAUACUUCUCUAGUCCUAACGGACAUGCGUUUGGUGGAGUUCUUGGAGGAAAGAUUACUGCUGCUAGUGUCAUUUUCAUUAAUGUCACUCUUACUAGGAAAAUAGCGAUCCACAAGGUUGUGUCCACCAAUAUAAAUGUUUAAGCCCUUGAAAAAGGUGGACCAAUACAUGUUGGUGGUGUCAUCACCAAUGUUGACUAUGUAGCUUAUGAAUCUGACAAUAACAACAAAAAUAAUAUUUUCAUAUGCCUACAAACUCCAAUGGUGUGCAUGCUAAUUCAACUUAGUUGGAUUAUCAACUUAUCUGUCACUAUCUUCAAACUUAUGGGAAUGUCAUUGAUGAUAAUUUCAUGUAUUGGAACCACUCCAAUCACCUUCAUAACUAUUGGAUAGUCAAAGACUCUUAUGUGAUCCCCUUUGUUGUUUUAGUCCUUUAAAAGUUCGAAUAAAAUAAGUUUAAUUUCUUC